CCGACUGCCGUUGGAUGGAAGAAGGGUACCGAUAGAAGUUCAGGCGGGUCCAACCAGUACGUGACAGUCGUUAUAAAUGUACCUACCUUUCCUUUCACAUCGGUCAAAUGAUCGCCAAAUGAUGUGUAGUAGCUGGUUAUUGUAGUGCGCCUCAUCGUUUGCGCUGCCGAAGGACUGACGCGUCUGGGCUCUCUAGGUAAAGUAUCUGGGUCUUCUUAGUCGCUUCACUAUUUGAAAGCGGCCGGUGGAGACCGCACCGUGCCACCGAAAGACAGACCAUCUCUAUUUGCAUCGGACGUCAAACGAAAAACAAGGUGGCCAAAUCAGCCCCCUCUUCCUUCCCCAACUCCCUCUCUGCAGCUGACCUGACGAGAUCGCAGCGGCAGACAAUUUCCAAAAUGCCAGUGGCAUCGGCAUGCUCAGACUCCGCCAUGCACCAGGGUCUGGACACACUGAGUGACAGCACCAGCUCCACCACGGCCAACGACCUGGACCUCAUCUUCCUCAAGGGGAUCAUGGAGAGCCCCGUGGCCCAUGAGCACUUUGAGGAGCCCAAGCUGGAGGCGGUGCGGGACAACAACAUGGAGCUGGUGCAGGACAUCCUGAAGGACCUGAGCCCGCUGGCCGACAGCAGCACGGCGGCCGACGAGCUGGCGCGCAUCCUCCAGGAGCCCCACUUCCAGUCUCUGCUGGAGACGCACGACUCGGUGGCGUCCAAGACCUUCGAGACUCCGCCCCCCAGCCCGUGUGCCUUCAUGGACGCGGCGUUCAACAGCCAGCCCGUCCCCCCCGACGCCGUCCGCAUGGUGGGCAUACGCAAGGUGGCCGGGGAGCACCUGGGCGUGACGUUCCGCGUGGAGAACGGCGAGCUGGUGAUCGCCCGGAUCCUCCACGGCGGGAUGAUCGACCAGCAGGGCCUGCUGCAUGUGGGCGACAUCAUCAAGGAGGUGAACGCCAAGGAGGUGGGCGACGUCCCGCGGGUGCUGCAGGAGAUGCUGAAGGACGCCAGCGGCAGCGUGGUGCUGAAGAUCCUGCCCAGCUACCAGGAGCCACACACGCCGCGGCAGGCCUUUGUGAAGUGCCACUUUGACUACGACCCCUCCCACGACAACCUGAUCCCCUGCAAGGAGGCGGGGCUUAGCUUUGCCCGGGCAGACAUCCUGCAGAUCUUCAACCAGGAAGACCUCAACUGGUGGCAGGCCUGCCACCUGGGGGGCGGCAGCGCGGGCCUCAUCCCCAGCCAGCUGCUGGAGGAGAAGCGGAAAGCCUUCGUGAAGAAGGACAUGGAGCUGGUCACCGCAGGUCCCCUGUGUGCCGGAAUGGGCGGCAAGAAGAAAAAGAAGAUGAUGUACUUGACGACCAAAAAUGCAGAAUUUGACCGCCAUGAGUUGAGGAUCUACGAAGAAGUGGCCAAAGUCCCGCCCUUCAAGAGGAAGACGCUGGUUCUGAUUGGUGCGCAGGGUGUGGGCCGUCGCAGUCUGAAGAACAAGUUGUUGGUGUGGGACCCCCAGCGCUACGCCACGACCACCCCCUUCACCUCCAGGAAACCCAAGGUGGACGAGAAGGACGGACAGAUGUACUCCUUCAUGUCUCGCACCGAGAUGGACUGCGACAUCAAGGGCGGGCGUUUCCUGGAGCACGGCGAGUACGACGGCAACGUCUACGGCACCAAGAUCAACUCCAUCCACGAGGUGGUCGACACUGGGAAGAUCUGCAUUCUGGACGUCAACCCCCAGGCCCUGAAGACCCUGAGGACGGCCGAGUUCCUGCCCUACGUGGUCUUCAUCGAGGCCCCCGACUACGAGGUGCUGAAGGCCAUGAACCGGACGGCCAUCGAGUCGGGAGUGGUCACUAAGCAGAUGACGGACUCUGAGCUGAAGAGGACGGUGGACGAGAGUGAACGUAUCCAGCGGGCGUACGGACAUUACUUUGACCUCUGUAUCGUCAACGAUGGCCUGGAGUCCGCCUUCCGUAGCCUGCGGCUAGCGCUGGAAAGGCUGUCCUCCGAGCAGCAGUGGGUGCCAGUGAGCUGGGUCUUCUAGAAGGCUUGACCCCCACCCUGACCCUGCCGCCCCGAAGAGGAGCCGUGACCGACCUUGAAGAGAACCGAGGUCAGAGGUCGAAGGCUAUGGGUUAAAGGAGGAGGUUGUGCUGGUCUUGGGAUACAGUAGAAAAUGGCUGCCCAAAUGGGGAUUUGGAAAGAGCGGAAAAACACAGUGUUGGCUAGCUCUGUCGCACAGAGCGUUUGAAAAGAAGGAAGCAUCACAUUUUAAGUGCGAAAAACCAGCCUUAUGUUGUUUUGUAUCUAGAACUCUUUUGUUGACCAUGACUUUACGUUGGUUUUUUUCUUGAAUCAUUUUGAAUAAUUACGUUUUUCGUAAGAACAGAACAGGCUCUAUAGUUGGCUCUCCGAUAUUGUGCAAUAGUGUGUGUGGUAUGAGUGCGUGUGUAGAUUGUGGAAGAAACAAACACAAUGUUGGGUUACAAGAUUCACUCGAUUGGCUAGGUGACACAGUGCUUUUCUGAAGAGAAGGAAGUGGAACUUAUUUGGCCUUUUUAAACAUUUUGAACAGAUCUUGUAGUUAACAUUAUAUUGGUAGUUAAGGAAACAGCACUGAAAGAAAAGUCAGGGGUCAUAUUUAUAUAAAUUAUGUAUAUUUUACUGUUUGAUCACACGAUUGUAUAUUCAAAAAAAUGCUUUUCCUUCUGGAUGGAGUAAAUUGUGUUAGGAAGAUGAAUAGCAAUAGAUUAUCAGUAACCAAACACAUACAAAUGCAAUACACACCCAGAUAGACACAUACACAAAUAUAUGUGCACUUACAUAAUAUAGCAACCUCACUGAAUUGUGAAAUCACCUUUAUGUAUAUUGUCUUGUCUCAGCUCAUAAUUUAUCACAAAAAGGUGUAUAUUUUGUUAUAACAUUCAUAAUUUCUGCCCUAUACUGCAUAUUUACUUCUCUGAUUUGUCUGAAUGGGCUUAUUCAUGAACAUUACAGCAAGCACAUCCAGACAAUCCUAGAGCAUUAUAUUUAAAACUCCACAUAUAAUAAAUACUCUCCAACAAAGUUACCAAACAUAGGCCUACCUACAAUAUUUUAUUCAGACUGAUGGUAAGAGAGGUUUUUCCGAUAGUUUGAACACAGCGAAAGGUCUGAUUAAAACAGAGAGUUUCAUUUUCAAUAGGGUAGUGGUAGACCACUGCAAUUGUUGCUUGAAAUUUACUUUGGCCUUAACUUAUCUCCGAAGCCAAGGAUACUAUCACACAUCCACCAUUUCACACUCGACAACUAUACUUUUUGGAUUUUAGGUUAUCCUAAAAAAACAAAAAUCCCAAGACAAACCUCUGUGUUCGGAUGUUAAUUUUUUUCUCAAACGUGUAAAUAUUGUAAUGUAAACAAACAACACAGAGAAGAUAUUCGGUGCUCUGAGAGGGUUCUGGUACUGGUGCAGCCGCUCCAUAGCGCUGUACUUUUGAUGUUCAAGAAGUGUAUUAAAAAAAGAAAACCUUUGGAGCA